AUGUAUCUGAAUAGGCCCAUCCCAGACUUCCACAGAGUGUGCUCCGCCCCAGAAGACUCCUCAUCCUUACUCCAGUUUCAUCUGGACAGCAUAACUGUCAAUGUAACAUCUCCAAAAUCAAUGGAAAGCUUUGUGAACAUCAGCGCCUCUUCUCUUGAACAGUCCAACUGCACUACUUGGGACCAACGUUGGGGGGCGCCAUAUCUCCACAGAUUGGCGCACUUGGAUUUGCAGUUGUAUCAUGACUUCUAUGUACUUUGGGUUUCUCUUAUGGUGUGUAACAGUGUGAUGCUGGUUCUUGGGGUGUCUCUAAACUCUCUGGCGCUGUACAUCUUCUGUGGGAUGUUUGGUCGCUCCUCAGCCUCUGUGGUGUACACUAUAAACCUGGCUGUUGCUGAUCUGUUGGUGGCACUGUCUCUGCCUGCUCGUAUCGCUCUGUAUCACAGCGGAGGCAACUGUUUGGUCUGUUCUUAUAUCCACACAUUCAGCUACUUUGUCAACAUGUACUGCAGUAUUUUGUUUCUGACCAGUAUUUGUAUAGACCGGUACCUGGCUGUGGUCCAUGCGUCAAGUACUCUUCAUCGAUGGAGGACGGCAGGAACUGCAAGGAUUGUAAGCUGCACUGUGUGGCUCAUAGCAAUUGUGGUCACCUACUCCUUUCAGACAUCAGCUCUUGGGUCCAGCUCCUCUUGUGUACUACUCCCAGCCCUAUUCUACCUCACUGUUUUGGAGUUCUUGCUCCCCCUGCUGGCCGUGGUCGGAUUUACUCUGCGUGUCGCCUGCUUCCUGUCAUCCCGGCACAGACAUAUGUCUCAGAAGAGUCGAGCCAGAAGAACACGUGCUAUUGGACUUCUGGCUACUGUCCUGGUGGUCUUCACAAUCUGUUUCACACCUUUCCACAUCCGUCAGAUACUGGUCUACUUUCGGGUUCAGGUGGGAGAAGAGUCACCUGAACAUGGAGUGAGGCAUAUUUUGGCCUAUCACAUCACAGUCACUCUGAGCAGUCUAAACAGCUGCUUGGAUCCCGUAGUGUACUGCUUUGUGACAGACAGCUUUAAAAGGGUGUGGAGGGUGCGGUGCGGAGGGGGCGGGGCUAUGUACGGAGAGGCGGGACAAACAAGUGGAGGAGAGCCUGACAGAAUUUCAGUGAAAAAAUGCUCAGGUACUGCACUAGCCAUAGCACAUAGUGUGGCCACGAUCACACUGACGGGCCGGCCACUGUCUGCUGACAAUAUAGAUCACAGUGCCUAA